AUGACACCCAGAACCAAGAUUCGUUUAAAACUGACGCGUGGCACAAACACCGCAGAGAGCACGCCCAAGGGUUUUGCCGACGUCGAAGAUGAGACCAUGGUCGAUGUGGCUGCGGCUGGCGAGGGCUCCGAGCACGAGGAGCCGCAUGCGCAAGACGACGACGACGACGACGACGAAGACCAGGAGGAAACCAAGAUGGCGUCGGACCAGGAAGAAGCAGCUGCCAAGGAAGGUGACCGCGGCGGCGACGGCGACGGCGACGGCGAAGGCGACGAGACCAAGCAACUCAGUCCGCCGCCUCAGCCUGUGAUUCGAAGAAAGCGACUGGGUCGACCGCCAAAGAACAAGCCGCCGGACUGGGACCCCAUGAUUACCGUGACGGAAGACACGCCGCGACGUCGAGGUCGCGGAGGGUGGAGAGGUCGAGGUGGUCGCAAGGGAGGGCCAACAGCGCCAAAGGCCGAACAGGUCAUCGACGCCGAAGGGACCGUGGCCGAGAUUGUCAAUGACGAGUGUGUGUUGCCCGAGGACCCCGAGGGCGAAACCAAGGUCGACAAGCUCGGAAACCUGGAGGGCGGUCGCGACUAUCGCUGUCGCACGUUUACCGUGUUGGGACGCGGGAAUCGGCUCUACAUGUUGUCGACGGAGCCUGCUCGUUGCGUUGGUUUCCGAGACAGCUACUUGUUCUUCACGAAGCAUCGAAAACUGCACAAGAUCAUCGUCGACGACGACGAGAAGCGAGACAUGAUCGAGCGAGACAUUAUCCCGCAUUCUUACAAGGGUCGGUCAAUAGGUGUAGUUACGGCCCGGUCAGUCUUCAGGGAGUUUGGCGCCAGAAUCAUCAUUGGCGGCAAGCGCAUCACUGACGACUACAAUGUCGCUCAACUGCGGCAAGAGGGCGCCGUGGAGGGUCAGCUUGCCGACCCCGACGACCACUUUGUUCCUGGCGAGUACAACAAGAAUCAGUACGUUGCCUGGCACGGUGCCAGCGCCGUCUACCACACCAAUGUGCCGUCCGUGCCCGUGCCCAACGGGAAGCCGGAAUACAAGAAGCGCAAGGUCAACGUCAAUGACCAGAACUGGAUGCUGGAACAUGCUCGAGAGGCUAGCAUAUUCAACGCUGGAAUCAACGCGAUUCGCAAGUUCAACAAUGCCGGCGUCUACGACAUUCACACCAACAUGCUGCAAUACCCGGCCGUGAUGCAGCCGACGCGUGUGCGAAUCGAGCAAGUGAGUCCCGACGAGGAGGCGGCCACCAAGGGGAGCGCCAAGUUCCCACCCGUGCCUCUCCGAUUGUCAAGAAACUUCCUCGUCAUGGACACGUACUGCGAAGGUGCGCCGCACAACGACGCGUCUCUGCGGCCAAGCAACGAGACACCGGCAGAGUCUAUCGCUUCGUUCAAUGGGUUGGUGUCCGUGUCAGACGAGAUCAGGGAUCUGUUGCCGGCCGAGUGCCGAGAGGCGUUUGACCAGGCGCUCGAGGCCGAGAUGGAGUUCCGGUCGCGCUGGGGCACGGAGAAGGAGAAGAUGUCGCGCCGGGACCCCAUCAUUGAUAAGGCGAUAGUACCGUACAGCAUGUCGUAG